AUUUCAUGAUAACAGUUACUUCUGCAGAAACCAUGUACGCCGACGACGUACAGUACACGUACAUGUACAUGGGUACCCUCUGGUAUCAGGGUUUUCUUAAAUAGUAUACAAAAUUUCAGUAUGAGCGGUACAAAAAAGUGGUUACAGAUUAGAAGCAUAUUCUGUGACCAGAAGAAUGACGGCGCCCUUUCACAGUUUUUACAGUUUCUCCUUCUCAUCUAGGGCGUGGCUGGUUCUGGUCACAUGUCUGGUCACGUGCGUGUCUGUUGCGUUCGGGGGAGAUGGAGAGGAGCCCAGUCCACCAGGGACUUUCAUUAAGUUUGUUCACUUGACUGCUAUCUCCUCACAUUUCGGGAUGCAAGUAUGGGUGUCAUUUGUAUCAGGUGUACUUCUGUUGAAAAGCACAUCUAGGCACACCUUUGGCCACGUACAAAGUUACAUGUUCCCAGCGUAUUUCGGGCUAGGAUCUGCCUUAGAGGCCGUUGCCUUGGCAACCUUUGUAUAUGCCCAUAACAGUUGGAUCUGGGAAUGGAGUGUCAAAGUCCAGGCAUCAGCGUUGGUAGUGUCCCUGUUCUGCUCUUUGGCCGAACUUGUCUACGUUGUCCCCAUGAAUGUAGACAUCAUGACCAGAAUGUACAAAAUAGAACGAGACAACGACAUCGGGAGUGUUGGGGUGGCAACAAGCCCGGAAGUGCGCGGACAGAUUUCCGAGUUGAUGGCUCGUGACGUGAAUUAUGCAGGGACCUACAGGAGGUUUUUCAAAUGGCACGGGGUCAGUUCUUUGCUGAAUAUGACUGGAAUAGCGGCCAAUCUAAUUUAUUUGUUCUACAUGACCUCCAAGUUGCAGAGUCUAUGAUUCAAGGAUUCUGGGACGUAUUUUUACCUAUUGGUAGUUAUGUUCAUGAGAGAACACAGAAUGACGUAGAUUUAGAAGUAAAGAGCCUUCAGUUUCAGCAUUCUGAAGAAGGCAUUUAUACAAAAGUUUUUUUUUUCAUAAAAUAACCAAAUUUACACAAUUGGAAGUUGCAGAUGAGCACUUUUUGUCCUUAACUUUGUAUUAACACUCUUAUUGACAAUUUGAUUUAGACCAAACGACUGCAUUUCACUUAGGCCAGUAGAGAACAGAGAAUAAAACAGGUUCAUAUGAAAUGACGUUAACUUG